CUUGCCAUGUUUGAGAAUCUCAAAAACCUUAUCAACAAGAAACACCAUGGAAAGAAGGCCUCCCAUGACAUGACCCCGUCCAAAUCGGAGAGCAGCGCGUCCGUCAGUGACGGCUCCUACACGCCAAACGGUCCGCCAAAGGAUUCCGAGACCUACGCUUCGGACAACCGCACGGCCUCGACGAUGUGCAUCCCGUCGCCAGCGUCCUCCCGCAACUCGCUGAUGCAUCUCUGCGACUCGCCCGUCAGUACCGAGUCCAGCCACCGUUUAUUUGCCGAGAACGAGUUGAAUCAGAAGUACCCCGACCUUGACUCGCGCUACCAGUUGAUGGAAAAGAUCGGCGACGGGGCGUUCUCGAAGGUGUACAAGGCGCUCGACACCGCCACCAACACCGUCAUUGCGGUCAAAAUUAUCGACAAGUCGUCCACCUCCACCACCCAGUUAAACAACGUGCUCAAGGAGAUUAGCAUCAUGCGCACGCUUGACCACCCAAACAUUAUCAAGUUGCUUGCGUUCAAGAAUACAACCCUCAACUGCUUCUUGUUCCUCGAGCUCGUCGACGGCGGCGAGAUCUUCAACCAGAUCAUUAAGUUGACGUACUUUUCUGAGGACCUUGCGCGCCACGUAAUCGUGCAGGUCGCGCGUGCGGUCAAGUAUCUCCACGAAGAGAUCGGCGUGGUGCACCGCGACAUCAAGCCGGAGAACUUGCUCUUCACCGAGAUCCCAUUCGUGGCGAACCCCGCGGGCCGUGUGGUGCGCGCGUCGGACGAUGAUUCCAAGCUCGACGAGGGCAAGUUUUGUCCCGGUAUCGGUGGCGGCAGCAUCGGCAUCGUCAAGCUCGCGGACUUUGGACUCUCCAAGGUCUUGUGGGACCGCAAAACCCAAACCCCCUGCGGCACGGCGGGCUACACCGCACCCGAGAUCAUGAACGACCUCAACUAUGACAAGGCUGUCGAUGUGUGGUCGCUUGGAUGCGUAUUGUACACGUUGCUCUGCGGCUUCCCGCCGUUCUACGACACAGACCAGCAGAAGUUGGCCAACAAGAUCGUUGCGGGUGACUACUGCUUCUUGAGCCCCUGGUGGGACGAGAUCUCUAAAGAGGCCAAGGACUUGGUCACGCACUUGCUCACCCUCGACCCGGUCGAGCGCUACACCGUUGACGAGUUGCUCUGUCACCCGUGGGUCUUGCAAAACAACAAGGCGACCGAGCCGGCAUUGGACGCCCCACAAUACUCC